AAGCCCUCGUCCUCAAUUUCUCCACUGCUAACAAGAUGCCGGCCGUACAUCACAAACUGCUCCUGGAAGACGCCUUGCAGGACAGUCCUCAGACUCGCUCCUUGCUCAGUGUGUUUGAGGAAGAUGCCGGGAUGCUCACAGAGUACACCAACCAGCUGCUCCAGUCCUUGCAGCGGGUGUUUGGGGCUCAGAGUGAGAUGGGAUUGGCCACAGAGCAGCUCUCGCAGCAACUUCUGGAAUAUGAGAAGAAGAAUUUUGCCCUUGGAAAAGGUGAUGAAGAGGUGAUCACCACGCUGCAGAACUUCGCAAAAACUGUUGGAGAGCUGAACUCGCUCCACUCUGAUCUGGCCAACCAGAUGGCUGACAGCAUGGUCUUCCCUUUGAUCCAGUUCCGCGAGAAAGACCUCACAGAGAUAAGCACCCUGAAGGAAAUAUACGGCAUCGCCACUGAUGAGCACGAGGCGGCGAUGGUCAAGUACAGUCGAUUGCCCAAGAAGAAGGAGAACGAGAAGGUGAAGACAGACUUGGUGAAGGAGGUGGCCUACACCCGGAGGAAGCAGCACCAGGCGUCGCUGCAAUAUUACUGCGCCCUCAACGCCCUGCAGUAUCGCAAGAGGAUAGCCAUGCUGGAACCAAUGCUGGGAUACACUCAGGCACAGAUCAGCUUCUUCAAGAAGGGUAUUGAGCAGAUGUCGAAGAAAAUGGACAGUUUUCUCUCCUCUGUCUCAGACAUGAAUCAAAGUAUCCAGACCCAGCUGGACUCGGAGGCGGAAGCCAUGCGUGUGUCCCAGAAGGACCUCCUGUCUGUGGACGACUCGGUCUACAUGCCAGAUAAGGACACGGAGCCCGUCAAUCGCACUCUCAUCCAGAAGGCUGGCUACCUCAACAUCAGGAAUAAAACAGGCUUGGUGACCACCGCCUGGGAUCGGCUGUACUUCUUCACCCAGGGAGGAAACCUGAUGUGUCAGCCUCGGGGGGCGGUGGCGGGGGGGAUGGUGCUGGACCUGGACAACAGCUCCGUCAUGGCCGUGGAGUGUGAGGACAGGCGGUACUGUUUUCAGAUCAGCUCCCCUUCAGGAAAGACGUUAAUGAUUCUUCAAGCUGAGAGCAAAAAGGAGUAUGAAGAGUGGAUUUGCACGGUAAACAACAUCUCCAGACAGAUCUACCUGACUGACAACCCCGAGGCUGUGGCGAUCCGACUGAACCAAACCGCCAUCCAGGCGGUCACACCCAUCACCAGCUUUGAGAAGAGACAAGAAGGCUCGCCCAACCCUGACAGAGCAAAGCCAGGAGGCGUCCGUGCUGCUGGCAGUGAUUCCCAGAAAGAAGGAGCUGCUCCGGAACCAGAGGACCUGAUCGCCCCUGGGACGCCCAUUCAGUUCGACAUCAUGCUGCCAGCGUCCGAGUUUCAGGACCAGAACAGAGCCGGGGGGAGACGCACAAACCCAUUUGGAGAGACAGAUGAUGACUGUACAACAGAGAGUGAUGACUCCCUCCUGCAGCAGGUAUUCGCCGUGCGCUUCCUGGGCUCCAUGGCCGUUCGCUGCGGCAACAAUCAGGAGGUGAUUUAUGAGGCCAUGAGACAGGUGCUGGCUGCCCGGGCCAUCCACAACAUCUUCCGGACCACCGAGUCCCACCUCAUGGUCACCAGCAGCUGCCUCAGACUGAUUGACCCACAGACUCAAGUUACAAGAAUGAGUUUCCAGCUUGAGGAAGUGUGUCAGUUUGCAGCGCACCAGGAGAACGGGAGGCUGAUGGGCUUCGUGGUCGAGGGGCGAGACUGGAUCGACGGAGAUGAGGAGGGGGAGCCUUCAUUCAGCGCUUUUGUGUUUGAGAGCAACACAGAGGGUGAAAAGAUAUGUUACACUAUAAACCUGGCAAAGGACAUUACAGAAGCCAAGAAGGACCCAGUGGCCCUUGCUCAGCUCAUGAAAAAUAUGCCGCUGACCAAUGAUGGCAAGUUCCUGCUGCUGGAGCCAGAGACGACCGACGGAAACAACGAACCAGGACAAGAAGACCUGGAGUCUGAGGCCUAGUUCCCCCACAACAGAACUGAACCACCGUUCUGACCUGUAGCCGGCACGAGUGGCAUACGCAGACCAAGAUCUCAUCAUAGAUUACACAGGCUGAACCAAACCUUGAGUAGAAAUCCCUUCCGGUGACCCUUUGCUACAACAGCAGAUGCCCGUGUCUUGUGCUGCGUUAAAAGCAGAGGAUGUUGAAAGGAAAGGAGGUGUUGGCUGGACCAAACGACAAAAUUACAUCACAAAGGGGGUUCAAUUUGAUCUGCUUUAACAUUCCACUGCUGCAUGGAUUAUUGAGUCUUAUUUUUACUUUCCCACCACUGUAGGUGACGUGCACGUCUGAAGGCACACUAUAGGUACUGGUCCAGGUUCAUCUUUUUUUUUAUAUUCUCAAACAGGUGAAGUCUUAACUUUAGGUUUACAUUUAUUUUAGUUUUAAACAGUUUGAAAUGUUUGUGUUUGAAUCCUUUUGCUUGUCAACUGUUUUCUAAGGCGCUUGUCUGUUUUUCUUGAUUAUACAUGUACAGAGCAAUUAUUGCACCAAGGUUUGAUCUUUUUAAGAACAACGCUCCAACAGAAUGCACUAAUUAAUAAACCACAGGAUGCCGAGACUUAAAACAGUGAAGGAAGAGACUCCUUUUGUCUGCAGAGCAGUGGUGAUUGGAUUGUAACGUGGUUACCCUGAGCGAUCGUGCGUCUCAAAGCAGUGGCAUGAUGCAAAACAUCAAAACUCUCUCUGUACUUCUACAAUCCUGAUGGUCUAAAGCCUUCCAGCUAAAUCAAAUGAAUGUCACGCUUGACAUUCUUCUCCACUACCUGCACAAAACAAGUCUGCCUGUGAUCUGUAUGCCAGAUCCUCCCCGAGCCUCCCUAAACGGACUUUGUGCUCCGUUUUCUCAGAAGCCUGUGUAAAUAUGAUCAGUCAGAAUGUCUAUAUGGUGUUUAAUCAGCCAAUAUGCUCGGACUAUUGAGGUGGAUGAUUAAAUGACACCAUUCUCUCUUGUUCCCAGCUCAGUAAAUUAAAGUCUCUGCUCUGAGCACUGAGCUGUAAUACUAAAGGAAAAUCAACUGAAAUAUCACAGAAAUGCAUGACGACAGGGCACAGUCAGGUAUUAGAUUCUCGUAAAAGCACGUUCUGCAUACUUCUCGUAUUAAUGCUAAUCAAAGCAGAAGAACUAGCAGGAAAUCAUCUGUGAAUUUCUUUUUUUUCCCCCAUCCUUCUGGUUCCUGAAUCAUCAAACCCCUUACAGCAUGCACUUUCAGAGGACAGUUUUAACACAGAUGAGGUUGAAAUAGUCUCUGAGCACUAGAUUAUGUGCUUAAGUUUGAUGGCUUGCUUUUUCUGAGCUCCAAAAGACAUUUAAAGUGAAGCCAUUUUACACAGGAAUGCCCGUUCUGGUGAUGCUGGUACUCAAUGCAAAACAUUUUUCACUAAAAAUGGAAAAACUCUCGCAAUUACUUGCAACCCCCCACCCCCCAGAUUUUCAUGGCAGGCAGCAUGUGAGAAUGUGUCAGAAAAAUGAAGGAGGAUUACCAGCAGAUGGAAGAAUCUGUGGCUUACAGCAAAUUAGAUACCGUUUCUGUGUCGAGAAUGUGCUUCCUGGUGAAACUGGGGUGCAUGAAAUCAAAUCGUGCUCCGCAGCCAGAGAUCUCACUUCUGGAGAGAGCUGCAUCCUUUUUUAUUCUUUCUCUUCCCUGUACCAAUUCUGUUACCGGGCCUUUGAGUAUCAAUAAACUCCUUUCUACUCAUUUCAUUUCAUAACUCCGUAAAUACCUAGAAAAAGGUUGCUAGUGUGACAUUUGUGCCAUGUCUGGAAACUGCACUGUUUCCUAAUGAGCAUCCCAUCGUAAAAUAACGCCACAUAGAUCGUGAUCCCAGUCCAACAACUCACAUCCCACCUCUUCUCCACCACCUGCCAACCCACGAGAGGAAGUUACAGUAUUGAUUAACUUCCUGUGCCGACUUUGAGCAAUGAAGAAGUUGGAGCACAGACGUAAAAAGACUCACACCCCCAGACCUUUAUUUCUGGUGUUAACAUCAGAAACGAAAAGAUUCUGCAUCAGGAGCUGUUUAUUCAUACUCAUUAAACACAUUUGUUAGCGCGAGUCAUGCUUAGUGAUUACUGAAUUAAAGCAAAUUACUGAUAAUUCUAAUGCAGGGCUUAUUCUGCCAUCAAAUGUUUACAUUAUAAAACGUACAGCAGCUGCUGUAAGAGGCACAUGUUGAGCAAUGAGAUGAGCAAAAUCAACGGGGCCUGAUUAUUCUGGUAAUAUAAGACAAAGUAGUAGAUGGUUUGGGAUUUUUAUAGCAGUUAUUGAUUCUGGCAUCCACAUAUAACAAGCAUUAUGGAUCACCUGUCAGCCAAUCUGAAGAGUUGUAGACGUGCCGAGUCGGCCAAAGCAGUCAGACACAUUCGGGCCCACUGGAGCAUAGAUAAGUGACUCUUAAAUCAAACAAUCAACAAUUUAUGCAGAAAUGGCUGCGUGCCCAGAGAUGACUGCUGCAGUCGCGGUGGUAAAAGCAGCCGCCGGUAUACACGAGUAAAGAGUAGAGAACGAGUGCAUUCCUGCAAAUGUCAAACAUCUUCUUUCUUUUGUAUAAUGGGAAUGCACAUGGUAGAAAAUAUUUGGUUCAUGCCGUAUCCUCUGUUCUCCGGUGACAACUGAGCCGUGGCAGUUAUAAUAGAAGUGAAAGUACAGUUAUGCACAUAAAUGUGCCCGGGGCAUCCGCUGACACAACAUGACAGGUUUUUUCCUGUUUCAUCAUCUCUAGAUGCUGCCUGUGCUUUCUCUCUCCGCCUGUUGGCUCAGUUGGUGAGGUUUUACUAUCUCACCAACCUAAAUCCUCUUCUCAAAGAGGCUUGCUGCAUCCCUGGUACUCAGACUCAUCACAGUUGUGCUGCGUAGCAUCAUUACACUUUUAAUUUCUCAGUAAUUCUUCAGGAAAAAAACUGGGUAUUCAUGGUGUUAGAAAAAAAAAAUCCAUAAUAUAGCAAAGACUGUAUUUCCUCCUUUCCUUUCUGUACUUUUGCAAAUGGUAAAACUCAUUACCCAAAGUAAUUUAAACUUAAUUUGUCCCAGUUUUCUAGAACCACUAAUGUUACCAUGCAAAUACUUAAUAAAUAAAAGUAAUUUCUUACUGGAGUAAAUGUGCUUUCUCUACAUCACGUCAGAGCUGUGAAAUAAAACAUCAGAGCUUUUA